UGAGAGAAGACACAUGUUCGAUUAUUCUGAGGUCAUUCAGCCCUCAGAAGAGAGUUUUUCUUCCAGUUGCUCUCUGUUGCCUCACUCUGAGCUGGUAAUGAAAGUUGUAGCAGAACCCUGGGCAUUAAAGAAUAAAUGGGAUAGUCAGUGAACUGGAAAGAACGUUGCUAAUUAGAAAUGUCAUCCUGUGAUUUAAUACAUAUGCGGAGUGCAGAAGGGUACUUAGAUCUGGAUGAUGAGAAACCAACAGCCUUGACAAUGAGACUGAAAGUUUGCAUUUACAGCUUUCUGCAGUUCCAGACUGCUCUGAACCGUUCACAUUAACCGAGGGGAUAAAAUUAAAGCCUGUUUGGAGAGAUUUUACAUAAGUGCACUAUCAAAUUUCAUUUGCUCUUUGGUUAAUCAGGUUUAGUCAGGAUACUGCUUGUCUGUUUUGCUUAUUUGAAAUGAUGUGUCUUCUGUCUUUCUGUCCAUGUCGAGGUCUCAGAGAUCUGCUGCUCCCCACCAACCAAGUCCAACUGGAAAAUUCAUCCUGGCACCCAGAGCUCCCAGAACCAGCAGACCAGCGGCCAACUGCUCAGUCUCGACCAGAUGUUCCUGACAGAUGUAACACUAACUUUGACGCAGUGGCUCAGAUCAGGGGAGAAGCUUUCUUCUUCAAAGGGAAGUAUUUCUGGCGCCUGACCCGUAACAGACAUUUGGUCUCCUUGCAACCAGCAGAGAUCCAGCGAUUCUGGCGGGGUUUACCCAGCAACAUGGAAGGUGUGGACUCUGUCUAUGAAAGAACUGCAGACCACAAAAUAGUAUUCUUCAAAGGGGAGCGGUACUGGGUGUUCAAAGAUAACAAUGUCGAGGAGAGUUACCCACGCUCCAUCAGCGACUUUGAACUGUCCGUGAAGAGUAUUGAUGCUGCCUUUGUGUGUCCCCACGACGACAAAACCUAUUUCUUUAAGGGCAACCAAUACUGGAGAUAUGAUGACCAGUUGCGGAGAAUGGAUCCUGAUUACCCGAAGGACAUGGUGCAGUGGCAGGGUCUGCCCAGCCAACUCGACGAUGCCAUGAAAUGGUCUGAUGGUGCUGCCUAUUUCUUUAAGGGGAAGGAUUACUGGAAAGUGACAUGCAGGGACAUGCAAGUGGACCCUGGGUACCCAAAAUCCGUGGCCAAGGAUUGGCUGGUGUGCAGCGAGAUGCAGGCGGACUCAUCGAUUUCAGAGCACGCCCGUUCCAGAGCCCGAAUGGGGCGCGGUCAUCAUGGUGAUGGCAGGUCAGGAGACGAGAAAAGGAAUUGCUCCUGCAUGUCCAAGGCUGGGAUCGUGUUGAGCUGGAGCCUGACGCUGGUUAUUAGUUUUGUGAUGUUAACCCGGCUGGGAUUGGAUUAACGCACAUCGCCAACUUCGACAGCGCCAACUUCAUGAGGCAGCAAUGACUGUGCCGAAGCCAGUCAUCGCUGGCUUGCCAGGAAGGGGCUCGGCGAUGACCCAGCCUCCAUUUACAAAAACAGAAUUCUGUGCCAAGUCCAACUGAAACUUUUCACACUGCGUGGAUUCACAGUGAAUCAACAUUUUUUUAAAAAAAGAAAAUGGAGGAAUUUCAUGGCGAGUCUUCUUUAUCAUUGAGGAAAGUUCAAACAAUUUAUUUUUUUAACACAAAAAACAGAGCAGUUGUGAGGAUCUUUGUUUGGCUGUGAUUAAGAAGAGUUUACUGGCAUUUGUUUUAUCAGUAUUAUGAAAUCAGGUGUUUAUCAUUAUUAUUCGUAUUUAUUUCAAAACAUUUUCAUUCACUAAAGAACUUUUUUUUUUGACACUUGAAGCUGUUUUAACUAAUGUUGAUUGCAUUGGAUACUGAAGGUAGAUGAUGUACUCUCUCCCAGAGCUGACCCAGAACUGCCUGAAUGCUGUGGUGAGAUUUCACUAACAAGCAAUGUUGAUCAAUCCUAACUGACACCUCGACCCAUUUGCUCCCUCUAUGCUCACUAACCUACAUUAGCUCCAGCCCAGUAAUGCCUCCAUUUUAAAUCAGAAGAACAAAAGAAAUAGAAGCAGGUGGGUUAUUCUGGAUAUGUGGGAACAGAAACAGGUAUUUAGCCCAACCAGUCCUUGCCAAUGUUUAACUCUGCUUGAGCACCCUCUCAUUGUUCCUCAUCUAAAAUCCAUCAUCUCAGCUUGUCCAGCUUCCCCUUAAAUGCAUCCAUUUGCUUUAAUUACUCCUCCAUUUCUCCGUUAACCACAGUGCUUGCUACGUCAUCAAAAAACUCCAACAAAUUUCAUAGAGUCUCCUUCAUAGAAUCCCUACAGUGU